UGGCAUUUGGGUCAUCUGGCGUUGAUAACUUUUGGCUUUAAAGAAACUUUAUGCUCUAUAAUCAACCAUAGUUGUUUCAGGUUUCGACCCAAAUGUUUGAAGUGUAAGCUGAUAUACUGAUAAUCAUUAACUGGACUACAAAAUCCAAUUUAUGUAAGGGCUACUAUACACGGACCUAAGCAAAGCUGUCCAGAUAAAGCCUCAUCGUACCUGUGAAUUACAUUCUCAGGAGUCAGGAGUAAAAUUCAAAAUAAACUCCCAAGGGAUUUCAUCACACUCCCUUCCUUUCUUAAAAAGUUGGGAAGUAUACAAUCUACAUAGAGGAGGAUUUUUGUAGUAGAUUACGUUGUAAUAUUGGAUUCUCAACUGGAGAGUUUAGAUGUCGGAUAACUCAUGAUAUACUGAAGUAAUAGUUUUGUUUUGAUUUUUAAUUGAGGGGAAUAGAUAUCCAAAAAUUAUGUUCAGACUCAUUCUUCCCUUGACUGUGGAAGAAAGCUGACGCAAAAAUUCACAUGGCCACUCCAUUUCACGCCGCCGUCCUCCUUAUCCUUCUAUUCAUCUCCGCCACCACCUCUUCAGCCUACAAAGCCCAGCACCACGUCCGAUCGUCCAUAAAAGCUCAUCGGUUUCUUGGAAAAUUCUCCCAAUCCCACAACAAACCCUCUGGCCCAAACAUUCAACAGUACGAAUACGAGACCAGAUAUUUUGAGCAGCAGCUUGAUCACUUCAGCUUUGCCAAGCUCCCAUCUUUCCGGCAGCGUUACUUAAUAAACACUAAGCACUGGGCUGGACCUUCCCGUUCGGGCCCCAUCUUCUUCUACUGCGGGAACGAAGGCGAUAUUGAAUGGUUUGCGGCCAACACCGGCUUCGUCUGGGAGCUCGCUCCUCAAUUCGGUGCCAUGGUCAUUUUCCCUGAGCAUCGGUAUUAUGGGGAGUCAAUGCCAUAUGGAAGUCGUGACAUUGCGUAUAAGAAUGCCAGUACUUUAUCAUAUCUAACAUCAGAACAAGCGCUUGCGGACUUUGCAAUUUUGAUCACUGAGCUUAAACGGAACCUCUCUGCGCAAGCAAGCCCUGUUGUCUUGUUUGGGGGAUCAUAUGGAGGAAUGUUAGCUGCAUGGAUGCGUCUCAAGUAUCCGCACAUAGCUAUUGGGGCAUUGGCUUCUUCAGCGCCAAUACUUCAGUUUGAAGAUAUUGUGCCACCUGAAACAUUCUAUGAUAUUGUCUCCAAUGGUUUUAAACGCGAAAGCAAAAGCUGCUUCAACACAAUCAAAGAGUCUUGGAAUGCAAUUGCAUCAAAGGGUCAGGAGAAUAAUGGACUUCAUGAGCUUACUAAGACAUUUCAUUUUUGUCGGAAACUGGAAAGCACCAAUGAUCUUUCUGAUUGGCUGGAAUCUGCUUAUAGUUAUCUAGCAAUGACCAAUUACCCAUAUCCUACUGAUUUCUUGAUGCCUUUGCCAGCUAAUCCAAUAAAAGAGUUAUGCAGGAGGAUAGACAGCUGUCCUGAUGGUACUAGUAUCUUUCAGCGUAUUUUUGAAGGGGUGACUGUGUACUAUAACUACACUGGAACAGUAGACUGCUUUAACAUUGAUGAUGAUCCUCAUGGUAUGAGCGGGUGGGACUGGCAAGCUUGUACUGAGAUGGUUAUGCCUUUUGCUAGUAAGAACGGCACUAGCAUGUUUCCAGUCUAUGAGUAUAAUUAUACUGCUGAUGAAGAGUACUGUCUGCAAGCUUUUAAUGUCAAACCAAGGCCCAUGUGGAUUUCUACUGAAUUUGGUGGACAUGAUUUCAAAAAUGCUUUAAGAACAUUUGGAAGUAAUAUCAUUUUCUCAAAUGGUCUGUUGGAUCCCUGGAGUGGUGGAAGGUGACAUGCGAAACCAUUUUACUUUACAAUGCUCUACUCUUUAUGACGUGUCUUACGAUCCAUUCAUUUGAAUUUGAUGGAAUUUGCAGUGUUUUGGAGGAUGUAUCGGAAACCAUUGUUGCCCUUGUUACAGAAAAAGGUGCUCAUCAUUUGGAUUUACGAGCGGCAACAGAUGAAGAUCCUGAUUGGUUGGUCGAGCAGAGGGAAACGGAAGUGAAGUUGAUUAAGAGAUGGUUGAAGGAAUACUAUGCGAAAAUUGGAGGAGCGUUCUCCAUGUAAACUAACUAAUCAACAGUUGGCCAUCAUUCUAAACAUGGUCCAAUAAAUGUGUAGUUUGAAAGACCUUCAGAAAUUAUGAGACCAAUGUCCGACAAUGUAGGUUUUAACUUCUUCACUUGCGUGGGAGCUAUCCAGAUGAUUGGAGAGUAUAAUAAUUAAUUUAUGAUGUUGAUUUGACAACCGCGUAAGGAACACAUAUAUCCAUACAAAAAAAUAUGAACAACCUGUAAAAAUGUAAGCCUUCAAAACCACAUUCAUUUAGAAGUUGGAAAAUUGUCAAGGAAAAGGCUGUUUGAAGCCAAUGGAACUAUAUUUAUUGAUUUGGCUCUUUGAUGCAGUAAAGCCAAAAGGCUGUUAGCUUUUAGCUCCCGUUUGUGUGUUGUCUCAGUGGCACCCCAUACUUGCUCCACUUACAACAGGGUAUAUAGUACCAGGCUUCUUUGCAAUAACAAAUUCAAUGGAAAGAAAUUUUUCAGAAGAUUUACUCCUCUACUUAAUCUGGAUCUCCCACAUUAUCCACUUACACGGUACACCUGAAAGACAUUCCAACAUUUCGUUCACUUGAUCCUUUUUUUGGAAAGGAAUUCUGUCCAGAGAAUUAAACCACAGCAUCAAACCAGAUCAGGCAUCCAAAUACACUGAUUUGACGAAUACUAUAGAUGACUAUCUUCAUUUAGUAAACUUUUAAUAUCUAAUGCUUCAAAUGUUCUGCAUAACAAAACUGAAUAAUUCAUUGCGAAGCAUCCAGAAUUUCCAAGAGUAAAGAUAACAAUCACAGGAAAAUCCCUAUAGUCGACACAAUUGAAUGAUCUGUAUUUUUAAGCUAGAAAUCUAAAAGUGAUCUGCAAAGUGCAAAAGAAGAAGAACACUAUUCAGACCAAAAUUCUUAUUGAAGUUGCAAUAUCUUUUUACCCUGUCUAAUACGAAAUUCCUAGGAAACAUUAAAAAUUCAUCCUAAUGACCAAUUUAAACUCUCUGGAAUAAAAAUAAACACUUCACAUGCGACCCAAACGCCAUGACAAAUGUGAUUAAGAAAAUUUCAAACCAAAAUAGAUAUGAAAAUUACAUCAUCCUUUAUGAUACUACCGACUCAGAUGUCAUGUCGAAACAACAUCAAUUGGCUAAUAUAUGUCCUAAAGCCAUACGAACAAAAUCAAGGCUCCCAAACAGUACUUUGACAUCUUUGCACCUAACCCUUAUUUUUCAAUCAUUCCCACAAAAGCCAAGAGCUUUCAUCUAACACUUCAAGACCAUGGCAAGUUUUUAUUAAAGUUAUAAGGGUAGCAGACUAAACCAACAUCAUAAAUUUGAAAAUUCAAGAAUUGGGAAUAUUUGAAAGGUUGUAUUUCAAUGUCCUACUUUGGUUUUGCCCAGAGUAUCUUAAAAUAUAGCAUCACAAAUGCAUAAACCAAUCAUUAAUAUUAGAUUUGAAUUCUAUAUUAAUAAAAUAAUCUCAUUUUUUACAUCGAAUGAAAUUGAUGAAAUACAGUCACUCCUUAUACAUAUUAAUGUAUAAAUCAUAGUUUGAUUUGCCAUAACACGAACAAACUAUCAUCUUCAGAAAAGUAAUCAUGUACUGAAACUAAUUUGACAAGGGGAAUUUUUGUUAAACUAAUUUACAUAAAUUCAUCUAAAUAAAGAAAACUCCCUAUGAGACAUUUUAGCAAACACUUUGUAAACCUCUUAAAAUUAUACACACACGUACCAAACUGAAACCUUCCUAGAUUUUCUAGUAGUGUUGUUUCUAAGCAUAAUUGACCUGUUUGUGAGCACAGAUAAUCAUGCCUCUUGCCCCUUCUGGUUCAACUAAAAUGGGAAUUUUGAACCAAACGGUCAGCAAUCAGUAUCAUCGCCAUAAAAACUAAAGCCGUGUUUUCAAUUGAUUAACCUACACAAAUUUAAUUAAAGUGGAAAGAACAAAGAUUGUUAAAGAAUUCUCCCAAAAUCAUAACCUUUUUUUAUGGAAAAUUUGGUUGCGUUCAAUCAAGAAGGAAUUAAGUACAAAUAUUUGAAGAUAACUCAAAAUUCGGGAGGAUUUAGAAGGUUGUAAAGGUUGACCACAAAAGUUGUCCGAUGUAGCGACCAAACUUUCGAUUCCCUUCCCGGUGCCAACGGUUACCCUCUCCUUCCUGAGAAAUACGAACCUGAAUUUUGGGGCAAGUUUUCUCUUGAAAGAAUUCUUGCGCCGCUUUUUCUUCCAAGGGAUUCGUUGCUCUACGACUAAAAAUUGAACAAGGGGAAGCCGGAAUCUUUUGGGGUGGGCGAAAAAGAAAGGAUGAAAAGGCACGAAAUGGCACCGCCGGAAAC